GUGCAACCUUCUUUUCGAGCCGCUAGCCUAUCCAACGCCCGCUUGUCGAUCAGUCUUGGUUCUGGCUCAGCCAUUCGUUCCGGGACAUCUUCGUGGUCCCCGACUAGGGCAAGGCUGUUAUGGCUUCGGGGCGGAUUUGCAGAGGACAAGGAUCAACACUGA